AUGGUGCAGGACCAGGCGGAGGCAGGCCGGCAGACACUGGGGAAGCUCCUGGCCCAGGCAGAGGAGCAGACGCGCGCCCUGGAACGGCUCGCCGCCCAGACAGCGGCGGCCACACCUGUAGCUUCCCCCUUGGUGGGGGUGGAACUCCAAAAAAUGACGGCGGGGGACGACCCGCAGUCGUUCCUGGAGACUUUUGAGACGGUGGCGGAGGCAUGCGGCUGGCCAGCGGGAGUGGGCGGUCGCCUCCUGCCCCUGCUCACCGGGGAGGCGCAGACUGCGGCCCUGGGGCUUCCCCCAGCAGCACGCCAAAGUUACGUGGACAUGCGGAAGGCGGUGAUGGAUCGGCUGGGUCUGACUCGGAGGAUCACCGCGGAGCCCGGGAGCACGGAAGGGGCGCAGGCGGUGGUGGAGAAGGCCGUCGUGGAGCGGUUCAUGGAGGGGCUACCGACCAGAACAGCAGAGUGGGUCCGAUGUCACGGCCCCACGUCGCUGGAGGCCGCCAUCACACGGGCGGAGGACCACCUGGCGGUGCACCCCGGCGGCCAGGGGGACAGCGCACGGGCUCCGGCCAGGCCGAUACGGGCCCUGACGCAACCCAUACCGGCCCCAGUAAACACCGGCACCCUUCCCAACCCACAGGUAGUCCCUCAAACACCAGGGCAGGCGUGUUGGAGGUGCAGACAGCCCGGACACAUCCGACGGGAGUGUCCGCUGAUGGAGGUGGGCCAGGUGAUCCGGGUUGCCGGCUCUCCAACACCCUCCCCAGGUCCGGGAGCGACGUACCGCGUACCGGACUCCGCGGGGGGUGCUCGACCUCAUUAAAGAAAACUGGGAGGAGGGGCCGAGCACCA